AAUAUGUUUUUUAGGUGUCUAAAAAAUGAGCUCCGCUAAAGAAUUAGCUAGAGAGUUAGGAGUAUUACGAAAGAGAAAAAGAUUAGAAAAUGACGUCCACUCUGGCAUUCAGUCAACCAAAAUUCAGCCUUUUGAUUACCUCGUUGUUUUGGAUUUUGAGUCGACCUGCUGGCAGAAGGACAAGUUCAGGAGUCAGGAAAUUAUCGAAUUUCCCGCCGUUUUACUGAACGUCGAGAGUGGAGAGAUAGUUGGGGAAUUCCAAUAUUAUGUUCAACCUCAGGAGAAUCCGGUACUUAGUGAAUUCUGUAUACAGUUGACAGGUAUUAAGCAGAAUCAAGUGGACGACGGCAUACCGCUGAAUAUGUGCUUGAGGAAGUUCGUCAGCUGGUUGAAUCAACAUUCCAAGGAGAAACGAUUCAGUUUCGUGACGUCAUCUGUGACAUCGUCGUCCGUGACGUCAUCUAAGAUAUCAUCAUCGUCCUCUAUGACGUCAUCAUCGUCCUCUGUGACGUCAUCAUCGUCGUCGUUUGCUUGUUUCGUCACUUGGUCAGACUGGGACUUGGGCAUAUGUCUACAUUACGAAUGCAAGCGCAAGCAAUACACCCGACCACAGCAAUUAGACUACUGGAUUGAUUUGAAAGCUGUCUACAGGAAAUUCUACAAUAGAAAGCCUCAAGGGCUGAAGGGAGCUCUCCAAGAGGUCGGCAUCGUAUUCGAGGGUAGAGAACAUUCCGGGCUGGAUGAUUCUCGAAACACGGCCAUGCUAGUGCGAAAGAUGAUAAAGGAUGGAUGCCAGCUGACCAUCACUAACAGCAGCAGCAGCAACAACAACAACAGCAAAUCUAAAAGCACCAUCAUAGCCAGGCAGCUGAUAAACAGCAAAUGCGUUGACCUUCUGAACAGAAACAAGCAAUACGUCGUUGCCAGCUGUCAGCAGAUACAUACAGCCUACAACAACAUCUACGACAACAACAUCUACAACAACAACAUUUUGAAAUUUGGACAGCAACAACAAAGAAGACCAAAGUUAAGUAAUAUUACGAACACUUACAGCCAUAACAACAACAACAACAACAUUAAAACUAUCAUAAACAACAACUCAGUUGCAUUAAACAAAUUCAGAUCAUUCUACAUUAACGACGGCACUUUUCUCACGAGCAACAAUACGUCAACAGUUAAUGUCGCGACAUCAACAGCAAACAGCAACAACAACUCUACGCUGACAUCAACAAUUUGCAACAACCACAACAACAAAACAUCAAUUUACAAAAACUCCAUCGCAGCCUCAACUACAUCAAACAACAGCCUAACUGAAAGUUCUAGCAAUUCAUUUCACAAGUUAUUUACCGGGCAAAUUUUUACUAAUUCAACCGAUGACAUCAACAACAACAGCAAUAAUAGUGACAUCAAAAACCACCGAAACAAGUGCCAGCGAGAUGAAGUCCAGCUCCGGCGCAUCAACGACAUCAAAAACGUCGAAUUUUCCAACCAAAGCAUCAACGACGACACCUACACUAAACACAUUAAUGACGUCAUCAAAAGCGUCGGUGACGUCAUCAACGACAUCGGGCCGCGUUAUAGUCCAGUUCUUUCCUCCACGCAUAUUCAGCAGCAGCAACGAACGGCUCCACUUUGUAGUUGCGGCAGUCGUAGCAAGAGGAAAAUCGUCAGAAACGGCGGCUCCAAUCAUGGAAGAACUUUCUUCACCUGCCCCAAAAAGAACCCGUGCAAAUUUUUCCAAUGGGAAAUUAACAAUAAUAAUAAUUCGUUCUUUUCAUCAUCGUCGUCAUCAUUUCCACCAUCUUUUAAUCACUCAUCAUCAUUCAAUCAUUCGUCUGAGUUGUGCCCUCUCGAUGGCCACGUCUUUCAUACUAACAGAUAUAAAUGCUAAUCAUGAUGUUAAGAUCUUAUUCUUGUAACCUUAUGACGGAUUUAAAUUUACACUCUUAUAAUCUUUGAUCAUUGAACUUGAUUGAGAUGCAAUUUUUUCAUAGAAUAAAUUUUGAAAGGCAA